AUGGCAGCCAACGACGGCAGACUGCGCUCUCCGUCUGUCUCGCGGAGGAUCUCGAUCCGGUUCCUGCACAACGAGCCGUCCGAGUCGACCUCAACGCUGGUGCUCAAUGCCGGCGGCGCCACUAAUCUCUACACGGAUUUUCGGCCGUUCCUGGACAACCCAGCGAACUGCGACUGGGCCUUCGCCGGCCAGAAAGAAUACAUUUCCGACGGCAGGUGCGCGUUUAGCCAUCUGGUCGACAACCGCGUCGACAAGGGCGGCGACGCUGCCCCGGAUGUUGGACUCUGGAAGGUGCUUGCUAACGGGGACUUGCUGGAGACGGGGGAGAUGCCGAACCCUGCAUCGGGACGUGUAGAGAAGUAUCAGGAGGUCUGGAGAGAAGAAGAUAUCGUACCUGGCACGAACGUUGUCGCUCUCAAGCUGAUGGAUGGAGAUACCGUGCGCGGUGUUUGUAUCCAGGUAGGCGACUGGGCGCAGGAAGUUGUGCGGACGGAAUACGGUGUCUGCGCGCGUCGCAGUCACUUCGCCGAGUCUUGGAGGGUGGUCGCGUCUCAUGGUCCCGAUUCCGGGAUGCUGAUGCCUCUCACCGGGGAGCUGAUCCAUGACACGUCUACGUAUCUCUCACGCGUUAACAAUGAGCGUGUGAACUGGGUCGUCGCGGAAAAUUACACAUGGAACCCAUGAAAUCCAAACAUACAAGCUUCGAGCAUCAGUGAAUCAGAAUGUACCAUUUGCUAUUUCUCGGGGAUAAUAUACCACAUU